AUGAGGUCUCUGGCUGUGGUCCUCGGCGCAGCAGCUGCUCUCGCCUCUCUAUCUGAAGCCGCCUGCACCAACGCCAUGUCCAACGCUUGCUGUGACGCCCUUGAGGCGGCCGGACUCAAGGUCCUUCGCCCGAGCACCGAGGCCUACGAGACUCGGGACACGUCGUACUUCUCCGUGUCGGCGCAGCUGAGCCCGUACUGCAUCGUGCAGCCUACCUCUGCCGAGGAGGUUGCCCUGGCUAUCGUCACCUUGAAGAAGACGCAAUGUAACUGGGCUGUCCGUGGCGGAGGCCACAUGACCUGGGCGGGUGCCUCGAACAUUGACAAGGGCGUCACCCUUGACCUGGGUCUGAUCAAGCAGGUCGAGUACUCGCCCGAGACGAAGAUCGCCAGCAUCGGCGCCGGAGCGCUCUGGCGCGACGUGUACUCGGCGCUCGAGCCGUUCGUAGUGACGGCGCCCGGCGGCCGCACCUCGACCGUCGGCGUCGCCGGCUUCCUCCUCGGCGGCGGCAACAACUUCUUCAGCUCCGAGGUCGGCCUCGGCUGCGACAACGUCGUCAACUUCCAGGUCGUCCUGGCCAGCGGCGACAUCGUCGACGCCAACAGGGAGACGCACGCCGACCUGCACCGCGCGCUCAAGGGCGGCUCGGGCAACUUUGGCGUCGUCACGCGCGUCGACAUGCAGACCGUCGGCACCGUCGAGCUCUGGGGCGGCCAGGUCGUCUACCCGCUCAACACGACGGAGCAGCACAUCGCCGCCUACGUCAAGUGGGUGGACAACAUCCCCAAGUACACAAAGGGCUCGGCCGUCACCUUCUGGGCGUACUCGCCCGGCGCGGGCACCGUCGUCUCGGCCGCCCUCCACGACACCUCCAACGCCGAGUGGGCGCCGGCCUACGACGACUUCCGGGCCAUCGGCCCCAAGACCGCGGACACGCUGCGCCACGACAGCCACCUGAACAUGACGGUCGAGCUCGAGGAGCCCACGGGCUACCGCCAGAUCUGGAUCACGCUGACGGGCAAGAACGACGCCCGCUUCAUCCGGCGCGCCGUCGAGGCCCAGGCGCGGUUCAUCGAGGGCUGGAAGGCGACCCAGGACGCCGACUUCCUCAACUACAUCACCUUCCAGGCCAUGCCGACGCUGCUCUUCCGCCACUCGGUCGACAAGGGCGGCAACGCGCUGGGCAUGGACCGCGAGGGGGGCGACGCCAUCCUGUUCCAGAUGCAGCACAUGGUCCGCUCCGCCGACGCCGAGAGGGAGGCCUGGACGCAGCUCGUCUCCAUGCGGAGGGAGCUGAAGGACUACUACGUCGCCGAGGGCAUCGACGUCGAGUGGGAGUACCUCGGGUACGCCGACGGCGCCCAGGACCCCCUGAGCACCUACGGCCCGAAGAACAUCCAGCUGCUCAGGGAUGUUGCGGCCAAGUACGACCCCGAGCAGGUUUUCCAGAAGAGGGUUCCCGGCGGCUUCAAGAUCUCCAACGUUGCUUAG